CAGCCGCGCAGGCCAGGAGCUAGGACCUGCCUGCUGGGGGACACUGCCUCCCCACGGGGCUCCCGGGGACCGUCCAGCCACAGAGGGGGAGCGCCGGGUGCCCGCGGCCCCUGCCCCAUCCCCUGCGCCCGCAGCAUGUGGCUCUUUGAGCGGAUCCGCGGCUCGGUGGAGAACGGGGCGGCCCGGGCGGGCGAGGCGGGGGACAAGCAGGCCAAGGGCCCCCUGUACAGCAACGUGCUGACCCCCGACAAGAUCCCCGACUUCUUCAUCCCGCCCAAGCUGGCCACUGUGCCACCCGAGGCCGAGGGGGCGGAGGCCAAGGCCAAGGCUGGACUCAGCACCUCGGCCUCCGAGCAGAACCUGUCGGCCCGCAAGCCCCAGCGCAGCCCACGGCUCCCGGCCAAGGCCGCCUCGGAGAGCAAGAACCUGCUGAAGGCAGCCAGCCGGCACAUCAUCCAGAUCGAGAGCGCCGACGAGUGGGCCGACGAGGAGGACUUCAGCACCAACGCCGACCCGCAAGCCCAGACGGCCAUGUCCCUGCCCUACGUGCCCAAGGCGCAGACCUCCUACGGCUUCGCCACGCUCAUGGAGAGCCCGCACACGCGGCGCAAGGAGUCGCUCUUCCACAGCGAGCACGGCAGCCUGUGCCAGGCUCAGACGACCUCCCCCAGCGCCCAGCGCCGGGCAGGGGGCAAGGUGAACGGGGACGGCGCCCAUCUCACCCCCUCCGACACGGGGGCAUCGCUCAUGAACCCCUACCGCUACUUCAGCGGGGGCGAGAGCGACACCUGCUCCUCGGCCGAGUCCUCGCCCUUCGGCUCCCCGCUGCUGUCCCGCUCCGUGUCCCUGCUCAAGCUCUUCGGCCAGGAGAGCCAGGCCAAGGUGAUCAAGCUCAAGCACUCGGUGGCUCGCAACAGCUCCCUCUCCACCGACGACAGCUCGGCCGACACCAGCCCCAGCUCCCAGCGCCGCCUGCGCUGUGCCACCCCCCCGACCCAGCCGCCGGCGCCCCCGGAGCCCCCGGGGCCCGAGCGGCAGCAGAGGGAGCACACGCUGAGCCUGAGCAAGGGGGGCAGCCUGCGGCUGACGGCCGAGUACGACGCAGCCCGGGCCCGGCUGCGGGUGCGGGUGAUCGCGGCCGAGGAGCUGUACGACAAGCUGUGGGAUGCCCGUAGCAUCAACUGCUGCGUGGGGCUGCACCUGAACCCGGGCAAGCUGCAGAAGCAGCGCAGCACCAUCAUCAAGAACAGCCGCAACCCCGUCUUCAACGAGGACUUCUUCUUCGACGGCCUGGGCAUCAGCGCUGCCCGCAAGAUGUCCCUCAAGGUCAAGGUGGUCAACCGGGGGGGCAGCCUCAAGCGGGACACGCUGCUGGGCGAGAGGGAGCUGCCCCUCACCUCCCUGCUGCCCUUCUGAUGAGCCUCGUGGCUGCCCCGUCCCGCCCCGCUCGCCCCGCCAGCGCCCGACGGGCAUCAGAAGCCUCCCCCAGGGGCGGGGAGGCGUCCGAUGCUUCCCGGAUCGGUCCCCUUGGCCGAUGUGGAGCAGCCCCCUGCACCAGCCUCCUUGAGAGCUAGCGGCUGGCUUCUCUAGACGGGGUGGGCGAGGGGUGACGGGGAUGAGACCGAGGGGUCCCUUGUGGGGAAAGGAGUGAUUUGGGCCAGACCCAGUGUCCCGCCUGGCUUUCACCGUGCCUCGGGUUUGUCCUGUGCCAGCUGCUCCCAGAGGACUCAAACGGGCUGUGGGCGGGUGGCGUUGGAGGGUAGAUUCAGCCCACACGGUGCAGUACAGAUGCCCCGGGGCUGGGGCCGUGGAAGCACUGAUCUGGCCGUGAGCUGCGGCAAUGGGAGGGGGUGAUGCUGUAGGGGUGGGGGAGGCAAUUGGUGCCCCUGCAGACCCCUUCUGCCUCAUCUCUGCCCACCCCCUUCCAGCCCCCUGGGGAGGGACUCACUGCCGGGCCCCGCAGCAUUUGCACUUGCCUGCAAAGCCCCAUGUCCUUGAGUCAGGGGAUGACACAGUAGCUUUGGGCUGCUUCCCACCCCAGGCUGCUUCCAGCCUCUGCAGCUGCAGAGCAAAUCUCGAGGUCCUGCUGCAGGGGCAGGGCCCAGAAAGCAAAUCAAGGGCAGCCCAAACAGCUCCCUUGUGGGUUUUUAAGCCAACUUUGUGCUCUUUUCAGGCCGGGGUUCUGAUCUGCGAAUGCCGGGGAGGGGGUGGGAAGGGUGACAGGGCGUCUGCACCCCUCCCAGCUCCAUGCCCAACCCAGAGGUCCCUGGGGAUGGCUUCUCCUCUCCCAGACAAUGUGCAAUGUUCCCGGGGAGCCCGAUCCUGAACCAGGUUCAUCCCAUCUCUCACAGCAGCCUCUGAAUCAGACCCCUCGAAGCGCCUUGGGCCCCGGACCUCUGUUCUCAGGUUGCUGCGGAAAAGAGAUGGCUGCCCCCCAGCAGGCACUGCAUCUCCUCUCCGCUCCGCGGGCCCCUUCCUUUGUCUGCUGCUAGGAAAGCUCAUGUCUCGGCCCCCACUUCUCUGAGCCCAGACGCUGCAUUGAACCCCGCCGUAGGAUUCCCAGCUUGCCGGCCGCCCAAAGCACCAGGGCCAGCCAACCUGGGGUGGAUCCGGUCACAACCCCGCUAGCUUGGGGCUGGGAAGUGAAGCCCGGGACCCAGCCUGACCUCACCUGGGAGCACUGUGGGGAGAGAGGGGGUGGCUGAGUGUAAGGGAGCAUUAAUGGAGCUCGAUUUGCCUCCCGGUUGAUAACCUUCUUUGGGAGCAGAGCCUGGCGCACGGCAGGCAGAGCUUCACACGCAGCUGGAGCUGCCUGCAGGUUAAUUUAGCAAAGGCUGGAGUAGCGGGGGGCGUUUGAACCAGCCUCUCUGCAGAAACCAAAGGGGCUGAGCAACACCCCAGCUCCGCAGGCACCAGAUCCUGGGGGAUGAACCCCCACAGAAAACCCUCCUGGCCUUUUUUUCCCCCCCCCCCCCGUUUCCUUGUUCACAUCGCGCAGCAGGAAUUGGGGCUGACAGCAGGCAGCUGGCGCGCAGCGGCCCUCCUCUCCUCCCCGGUCCUGCUAGGAAUCGGGUGCGUUUUCACUGCCGACUCAUUUGAAUAAUCAAAUCAGACAAUGGGCUGACACUGAGCCGGUGGGGGAUGGUGGGGAGCGCAUCUUUCCAGCCUGGCCCUGCCUCGCCGGGAGAUCUUCGCCGUCCAUCGCUGACGGCUGCCGCAGUGUCCCGAGAGCCCCUGUCCCUUUGGGGGCAAGCAGACGCCGGCCAUUGGGGAAGGCCAGGGGGGCUGCUGAUGGUUCCCCGUUGCCUUGUGCAUCUUGGGGGGGCAAAUGGAUGUCUUUCAUCAUCUCCCCCUGGACACGGCUUUGCAACCAGAAGGCAGCCAAACCCAGAAGGGAUAUAUAGGGCCCAUCAUCUGGACCGGGAGGGGGGCUGGAACAACCAAGCCCCUUUUUUCUCCAUUGCUCUCUGCGAUGCUCACACUGCAUCAGGUCCUCCGCGUGUCUGGGGAGAGGGCUACACCAGCCCCCCCCCCCCAUCCACACACAACACACACACACAUACACACACGCCGAUCGCAGGUCCCUUUCUGUGUGCUAACCUUUGCUGGCGGCGUGUGCUGCUACUUCUCUGCACCGUGCGGCAGAUGGUCGCUGCAGAGAUUUCAGUGCAAGCUAUUUAUAUUUGGAGCUGAUCUUUCCCACUGUAUUUUACUUCUGGGUGUAAAUAUGGUUUUUUGGGGGUGGGGGGGCGCGCGCAAGGCAGGGGUUUUAAUCUUUCAAUAUUUGCAUGGCAUGUCGUAGGUGGGGGAGGGGGGGAGGGGGAAGCGUAAUAUCCGUAGGUUCGUUACCGGGUCGUUUGGUUUUGAUUUUGUUUUCCGAGCUUGUGAGUUUAAAACCAAAAAGCAGAACAAGAAAGCGGCAGAAAGAGAGGCAUGCGACGAGGAGAGGCUGGAAACGCAGGACUGCUAGCAGGUGGAUUGGUGGAGCCUUUAUAGCUGCUCUCCAUCUCACAAAGCAGCCUUGGCAAGAGCUUCGCCCACCUGUUAGGUGUCUAAGCGCUGUCCUAUUCCACCCAGCUUGAGGUGCUUUGCACCGGUCCCCGAAACAGGUGCCGCGUGGCCUUCAGGCGGGGAGGGUGCCCGACCGACCAGUGGCUCCCGGGAGGAUCUGCAGAAGGGGGCCAGCUGCUUUCUGAUAGAGGUUUCCAUUACUCCCGGUCCUGGGGUCGGCUGAAGUUUGCUCCCACCAGACCCUCUGGCCUUGGCCCCAGCGGGGAACUUCAGGGGCCUGAUCAAAGACUGGCUGGUUGGAGGCGAUGAAUGCAGGACGGUGCCGCAGCUCGGGGGCUGUUCUCGCCCCUCUGAGAGGUGCCGUGCAGGGCCUCUUCCCAAGCCGGCUGCAUCGAGGGAAAGCCUUCCCUCUGCAUCCGGGGGGUUGGCUCGAGGCACAAGGUCAAAGGGAUCUGGGGCGCAUUUACAGCGGGGUCUGCUCCAGACCCACUCAUCCAUCCUGUUCCUACGCAAUUGCAGAGCCCGGCUGGUCCCGAAGUGCCCGUCUCCUUGCCCUCGAUCCCAGGAGCACUGGGAAAAGGGAGUAGAUAUACAUCCACUUGGUCCCCUGCCAGAGUCAGGUCCCUGCCACGGAGCUUCAUCCAUCCCAGCCUUUGAGUGUUGAUAGGCUUCCGGCAUCUGCUGCUAAUGAAUUCAUUUGCUAAUGCGUUGAUUUGCGUUCCCUUGAUUUAGAAACAUCUCUAACGAGGCGCGCCGAGCUACUUGCCUGGUGGAGUUAAUCAUGUUCAAAUCCUUCGCAGGAGAUGCACCUCGUUAUGGAGGCACCCUGCUUUGCAAGAGGACGCCAAAGGGGCUCUCCCCACCCACGGCCACGCGUGCUCCUCUGUGUGGUCGGUGCGCAAAGCCGACAGGUGUUCGAGGAGAACCGGGGAUGCGAAGGGGUUGUCGGGCAGGCGGGGAGCUGGCCAAUUUAGGCAUAUGUGGUCUAUUAGAUGAGCCUGGACAGCUGCCUUGGGUUAGGACCACUGUGCUUCAAAGCAAUUGGCUUGCUUUGGGGCCCAGAUCAUGCAUCUGCUUCGGACCCUGGAAGCCCCAUGGGUGCCAGCUGAGCGCUGGCUAGGGUUGUGUCUGUCUAGGAGAGCUGGGGGUUGCCCCAAUUUUUGGUGCAUCUGGUGGAGCAGGAUCGGCGCAGGCCCAGGUGACGUGAGGCCGAGCUGUGACGGGCAGAAGGGCCUUUUCCGCAGGGCUUGGGGUUUUGCUGCAAUUGCAGGGGAGAGUGUGCUCAGUCCCGGGCCAGACCCGUCAGCCCCAUGGUGGGAUAAUUCUCCUCCCGGUUGCAAGACCCGGUUUGUGACUUUCGAAGGGGACGUCCCUGUCUGCUCAGGAGGCAAAGUCAUCACCAGGAGCCUCAAGCUCAGCCUGGUCAACAGGGGAGAACCUGCUCUGCCCUCCCCAGGGCUAAGGGUAGGGGCUGGGUCGGCUUCCCUCGGAGAUCCAUGGAAGGCAAAUCAAGCCCCAAUCGCAGCGGCUUCACUGGCGUUCCUCUGCCUCGACACCGCUGGAGCUGAGAUCCUGGCCCUGAGGACAGGAUCUCAGCUCUUGGCUAUAUCUGUGCAAAUAUCCUGGGCACCAGAGCCUGGUUUUCAGCCUUUUAGUGACUCCAAAGCAAUGGAGCAAUGGUCUUGGAAGUGCAGCCGAAGUCAACCGAGUCACAGAUGAGAGCAGGAGCCCUCCCCGAGCUCCCUGGGAGUGCACGCAGUUCUGGGGGACUCGUGAUGGCGCCAGGCACCGAUUGAUGGAGCAGAGUCCUGCGGACGGUGGCUCGAAAGAUUAACGAGGAGGUUAAUUAGUGAUGGGAGGGCUUGUGCGGGCAUGGCCUGGUGCUUAGAGACACCCUUUCUAGAGCGCUGCUGAUGGAUGUUGCCGACACGGUCUCUACCCUGUCCCAAUUCAAUCCUAAUGCACCGUGUUUGGCACCGGGCUUGCAUGCCAGAGCUCGCAGGGCCUGCAGAUAGGGCGAUACACGCAGGGAGCUGCGGAGCUGCUUGGCCAGAGGGACUCAGCUCCAUCCUGCGAGUGGCUGGGGCUGGGAGCGGGGCUCUCCUCCACUGGGCUGCACGGGGAGUUUUGCUUGCAUGGCAUCUGCAGCUGCAUCGGGCUGUUUGGGUCUCCUGAUCGCGGCUCCAGUCCGGCGUUUGUACCUCGAGGGCCAGCCCGGAGCCAGAGAUACCAAUCCAGAUGGAUCCCAGGGCAGGAGGAUGAGACUGGAUCCCAAACCCCAGGACUCUCACCACCGCAGCUAAAGGGUGAGGACGUGAGGAGCCCUGUUCCCGGUUGGCCCGUGGAAGUUCGGACACCCAAUCCGAGGUGGUUUUGCAGCAAAAUGAGGGCUUUUUUUUAAUGAAUCAAGAUCAGGUGUUUCCCUGAUGCUGACGCAUCAGUCCAGCCUGAGCUCUUGAUGGGCAGGGUGCUGAUGUCCGGGGCGACCUCUCCCGUCGCAGCCAGCGGAAAAGAGACAGGCUCGAACAACAAGCCCUUUGAUCUGCUCUUGGGUGGUUUCGACACCAUCCCGCUCCGCAGACUCCCUCGACAGCUUGCAGCUUUUCCUGCCAGCGGCAAACAAAACCUGCUGGGGAGUUUUGACAUCUCGAGCAUUGUCCCGAAAUGGGCCUGUCAGUCUCCAGCUGACUUUGCUUUCCCUGAUGCUAGCGCCCCCAGGGCUGCUCUUGCUCUCCGCGGGGUGGGAAAUGCUUUGGAAAGGUUUCUUUUGCUGACAGGGCUGCAGCUGUGAAGGAGUCGAAAGGGAACGGGCUUUCCCAGCCGCGUGCCAGGGUUUGUGAUCUUGGGCCAAGCCCCUAAGCCGAUGCUGGCCCCUCUUGGAAAAUGCCAGCUCUUUGCUUUCCUUCUCGCCGAUGGAAAGGAGAUCAAGCAAUUCUUCUGUUGCGAAGCACUCAGCCUGACCACAUCGGGGAAGACGGUUUGUGAUGCUCCGGAUGGUGCUUGCACUUAUCUCGUGAAUUAAGCAUUUGCACACCGCACAGUGCUGCUAUUUCACAGCACCCUUCAAAGGACCUCAAGGCCCUCCCCCCCGGGUGCUGCAGCACCCGGCUGAGAAUCACCGCUCUAGCAGAAGCAGAGCUGUGCAAAUGAAGCGCUCAAGAAAUGAUUCUGCUCAAGAUCGGGUCUGGUCUGGUUUUACCCCCAGUAUUUUGCUUCUUCCCAGAGCAGCCGAACAGCAAUGUCACGUUCCUAGUCAAACCUUCAGACAUCCAUGUUUCAUGAACCACAUCCUGCAGGGCUAAACAGCACGCAGUCAAAACCUCAAUCGCUGAAGAUGCCGGCUACAGCAGCAUGGGUAUUUCUUGCCAAUAGUUCCUUUUUGCAGGGGGAGGAGGGAGCAAAUUCAGAUGCAUUGAGACCAAACACCUGGCCUUAAUCUCCGUUGAGUUUCUCAGCUUGGAAAACAGGCAGACGUGGCCGGGAAACUCCCGUUUGCAGUAUUUUUGACGUGGCGGGGGGAGAAAAAAGAUCCGGUUCAAGCAGGGCUUCAAAUAGCUUCAUUUUGGAAGCUGAGCUCAUGAUCGUCCAUAAAAGAUCAGGAAAGGUCCACGCUGAGACGCAACGUGGCAGAGUCGGUGGGACAAAGCCGCGUGAUGGGCGCCAACGGAGUCCUUCCUCGGACGGUGGGAUCAGGAACGUGGCGGGAACUGGGAUGGGGCAAACGUUCCCGGCGUUGUGACAUCCCCAGCAGAGAUUUGCUUUUCAUCCUCUGACUGUGCAGUGGGGCAGGAGAGACCGCUUCGCCCUGGCUCUGCAAGCCCCCAGCUCUUCCCACCCCGCCACCAGCCGUCCGCCCAAACAAGCACAUUCCCAAAUCCCUGGUCCUCCAGGCAGCCCGACAGCAGAGCUCCUGCGUUUAGGGAAAACAGCUUCUCUCCCCCCGCGCACAGCCUGCGCCGCUGGAACAAGACACGAGCCGUGCGGCGGGAGGCUUGGCAGCACGCCUGCUGUGCUGCUGAUCCCCGGACAGCGGGUCGCGACGGGACAUUAUUUUUAAUUGCCCCUUGCGCUCGGUGUUGUGACACGCUCAUCACGCGUGUGCUGACUCAUUGCGCUCGGCGGCCCGGGCUGCCGGCGAGCGCUGCAGAGAGGCCUCGGGCAGGCUUUGCAGCAGGAGGGAAGUCAAGGGGAUCGCAGGCCUUAGGUACAGGGGAGCUUCUGGGCUCCGUGUACUGCUCCGGCCCCUCUCAGGCUUCUGCUGGGGGCCGAUGCAUGCGGUGCUGGCUCUUCCACUUGCUUCUUCUCACUGCCGUCUCUGGGUUUCUUCACGUCUGGGGCUCAUUUUCCACAAUAGCCACCAAUAUUUCAGGCCUCUGCAGACCACGUCAGGCCCGUUUGCCAACCCGUGCAUCCUCUCCUUCACACCGGCUAUGCGGACCUCUGCAAAUUUUCCAGCAUGCCAUCUUUUCCCCACGGUUUGCCAGGAAAGGCCGUGUCUCCGCAAACUUCUCAACCCCCGACUUUUAUCGUGCAACAACAACAGAGACAUUCUGAGAUUUGCCUGAUGCCCCGGGGCAGACGCUGGCAAACGAGAAGCAAAAAAGUCCCAUUUUCCGGUUUGAAAGGCUUUUGCUUGUAGGGAUUUUCCUACUAAUUACAGCGGAAAAGAUAUACAUAUGCAUAUGCACAUGCACAUACAUAUGCAUAGAUAUAUGGACAUGUGUAUGACGGAGGCAAGUGGAAUGGGAAGGAACUGCUCUGUGAUUCUGAAAGGGGGAAACGUCAGGAUGGGCCAGAAGAGAAAACUGGGGUUUGCUUUGUGAGCAUUGGAUUUUGCCCUUCGCUUCAACACGGAGCAGGUGGAUUUAGUUCUGGUGCUAAGUGACAUGGCCAAGGCCAUAUAGGAAGCCUGUAGCAGAGAGUCCCAAGCCCCCCAGAUUAGUUCAUGAGCACUUUGCCAAUAGCUCGGCGCGUUACCUGAGUGCUGUGGGGCUCGGCUCUCGUGCUGUGCUGGGACCAAAUCGACCUUUAGCGUGGAAAAGUUUCACCUCUAGAGUGGGGAGUGAAUGGAGACACAGCCCGUAUGUAGCUCUAGUGCUGUAUUCUGGCAUUUCCUUGGAGCGGUAUUUCUGCAGCAUUUGCCCUCCUCAGGGGUGAGGUUUGGGGGCUUUGUUUCCCCCCCGUGGAUUUUGCCAUGCUGCAGAAGAAGCGAAAGCCCCGUCACUGCCUUAUCCCAGCCCAGGCCAGCUCAGCCCCAGCUGCGAUAGCGGGAUUGGCCUGGAGUCCCCAGCGACAGGGGGGCCGAAUCUUUUCACAAAACGAGACGUUCGGUGCAACAUGGUUCAGAGAUCAAAGCAAAGCAGCUGCAGAAGCGGGAGCCGCUUUGUGCUCCUGCCUCGAAUUAACAAAAGAACCGCUGUUUCUUAAAAACACGCAGGCUGGGACUUGGGAGGAUCAGAAAGGCGCUCGCCUCCUCCAGUUUCCAGCCCUGGGAGUGUCCAGGUCUGGGUCUUCCCAAGUCGAAUCUGAAUUUCCCACGUGCGGUGCUGGCAGGAGGCAGGUGGAAAGAGCAGGGUCCUCACAUCGCCCGCCGGGGGGGCUGACCUGCGAUCUCCGUGUCUUAAUGCAUGUGCCUGUCUGAGCUAAAUGGCUCUGCCCCCGGUGGGAGCUGGCAUGUCAGCCUUUGUCCGUGGCCCAGCCACGGCACAGAGCCUUAUCCUGGGUGGGGGUGGCUGAUGCUGGGGUGCCGCUGAUCAGUCGCACCAGAGCCAGGGUGCACCUCCCCUUAAACAGCAGGUGGGUCCCGCACACCGGAUGUCACCGGCCUGGCGGGGGGAGCCCACCGAGUGACCACCGAGUGCAUGCGGCAGUGGCUCAGCGCAUGCUUUUGCAAGGCAUUCUGGGACACUCCCGUUGCAUGAAGCCGGAGCCCGGCUUUCCCUCCGUCCCAGCCAGUGCAAUGACCCGUGGAUGCUGCCUGUUUGUGCAAGUGCCCCUUGGAGACCGCCGUCCCCACGCACCGUGCUCCCACGUGAUCCCCGUGCGGGUCUGGAUCGCGAGCAGGAAGGAAGGUGUGGGGGUGUUUCUGUUCCCUGCCUGACACGGCUCUUUUCUACCAUCCCCGCUUUGAUAUAUCCCUGUGUUUGGAUUUCAAAUGAUGCUUUUUUUGGAGUGGAACAAAAAAAAACCCCGAAAAAAAAGCCAAAAAAAAAGCCCUAUGAAUGGAAUGUUUCUUUACAAAUAACUCGACAUUUUUAGUGCAAUAAAGGUAUUUCUAACGCACAAA